AUGUCUCAUCUCAUUACGAACAAGCCACUCCUUGGCCCCCUCGUCGCUCUCAACAGUUGGAUUUUUGCAAUGGAAGCUCUCCUCUACGCCCGCCGAAUUCCAGCGCUGUCCAAGUACGACGUCGUCUUCGACCCAGCCACUGUUAAAAAGCAGAAAGCUGAGAAACUGCCUCCUUACGUACAGUGGGCAGCGGACAAUUUCAACAACUUGCUUGAGCAACCUACCCAGUACUACGCAGUUGUUCUUGCCUUGAGCAUGUUGGAUGUCAAGGACAAGACUACCGUGCGCUUAGCUUGGGGCUAUGUUGGUUUGAGAAUCCUUCACAGUUUGAUCCACGUUACAACCAACAGCCUCAACUUGCGCUUUUCCAUUUUUGCGACAAGCUCGUUUGCGCUUCUAGGACUUACUGCUAAGGCAGCGUGGGAGUUGUUCUUCUGA